GAGAAAUGGCGGCGGCCGGCGCUGGGGCUACGCGGCUGCUCCUGCUUUUGCUGAUGGCGGCAGCUGCGCCCAGUCGGGCCCGGGGCAGCGGCUGUCGGGCCGGGACCGCGGCACGGGGGGCAGGGACAGAAGGCCGGGAAGGCGAGGGCUGCGGCACGGUGGGUCUGCUGCUGGAACACUCGUUUGAGCUCAAUGACGCAGUGAACUUCCGGAAACGGGGCUCGCUGCUUUGGAACCAGCAGGAUGGCACCCUGUCCCUGUCCCAGCGGCAGCUCAGCGAGGAGGAGCGGGGACGCCUCCGGGAUGUGGCAGCCCUGAAUGGCCUCUACCGCGUCCGAGUUCCCAGGCGCCCUGGGCUUGCUGAGGACCUGGAAGCUGGUGGCCACGUCUCCUCCUUUGUCCCUGCUUGCUCCCUGGUGGAGUCACACCUCUCGGACCAGCUGACCCUGCACGUGGACGUGGUGGGCAAUGUGGUGGGCGUGUCGGUAGUGACGCAGCCCGGGGGCUGUCGUGGCCACGAGGUGGAGGAUGUGGACCUGGAGCUGUUCAACACCACCGUGCACCUGCAGCCGCCCUCCACCGCACCUGGCCCGGAGACAGCCGCCUUUAUCGAGCGCCUGGAGAUGGAGCAGGCCCAGAAGGCUAAGAACCCCCAGGAGCAGAAGUCCUUCUUCGCUAAAUAUUGGAUGUACAUCAUUCCCGUCGUGCUGUUCCUCAUGAUGUCGGGGGCACCGGACGCCGGGGGCCAGGGGGGCGGGGGUGGGGGCGGUGGGGGUGGUGGCAGUGGGCGAUGA